AGAAACUGAUGGAAAAUUAUAAGGAUAAUUUCAUAAUAUGAUUAACAUCAAAAAUAAGUGAAGAAGAAAAAAAUCGCAAAUCCUUAAUAAAAUGUCAUCAAACACGAUAGAUAAGAACUGUAACGUUCAUCUUUUCGCUGAACUAGAACUUCUCAAAAAAGCUUUAGCUGAAAAACAAGCGGAGCUAAAUGCAAUGAGAUCGUCAUGUUAUCAAGAAAGUGAUCGUCAAGGAGAAUUGGAAGAUGUUGUUCUUGCUUGGCAAGACAAGUUCGAAAGACUGUAUGAGUCACAUAAAAAAGUUCAAAAAAUCAAUCAAAAUCUUGAGGAUAAAUUACUAAAAUUAGUUGAUAGAAAUUCUGGAGAGCGGGCUCAACUAACUUCCGAUUGCGCUACAUUAAAUAUUCGUUUGAAUCAGGCAAAUUAUAAUAUCUCAAGUUUGCAACGAGAAAUUGAGAGAUACAAACAAGAUAUCAAUUUAGCAAUUCAACUUUUACAUUGUAAACCGGAUAACUUUCUUCCUCAGAAAAUAACAUCGCUUCCUUUAGAAAUGCAAUCAAAAGUUUCAUCUUACAUGAAGUUAGAUUCUCAAUCUGAUUCAGAAAGUAGUACUGGAAAUUUAACGAAAGGAAAAUAUCAAAUUCUACCAACCAAUGAUGAAGAUGCUCAUUUAAGUGGAAAAAACUUCAUACAAACUCCUAUUGCUCUAAAUAAUGGUUUAGUUUCUGGAUUGGACUUGAAUAAAAACAGUGAGUUAAGAGUAUCCCCCAUGGUAGUCGCAAAAUUUCUUGAGAGUGAGUUAAAAUCUAAAGAUGCGAAACAUUGUGAGACUUGCUUUUGCAGUUCAAAACGUCUUAUUGAAGGAUUUCAUGGGAAUUUUAAUGCCGCGACCCAAACUGAUACAAACACUCUAUAUUGCCUUAGAUGUAACAGUAAUCUUAACUCACCUUCGCACACCAAUAGUCCUUAUCUGAUCAAGUUAAAAUCAAGCGAUAGCGUCAUAUCAGAAACGAAAAGUUCAGUUUCCGACUUUACAAACCUCAAUGAGAAAACACCUUCCAAGAAAGACGAUUUGAUGGUGAAUCCUAUCUUGGGUCAUCAUCGGCUUUGUGAGCACACAAAAAAUUUCUCUUUUCAGCCGAAAGAUGAAGAAAUAUCUAAUGACAAUGGACAUCAUACGCCUAAAACAACGAAUGACAUAGAAAAUAAAUCUCAGAAAGUUCAAGAAAAAGCAAAUGAAACCAAAGUAAAUAGUGAUGAGAAGUUGACUAGACGUCAGUCGUUAACUCUCAGUCAUGGCCCCGGUAAUGGCAGCAACAACAGUCUUUGGAGUCGAACCAGCAGUAGAGAAGGCGCGAAAUUGUUCGAAAGCUUCAAUCGCAAUCUUAUCAAGGCUAUGAGGGCGGAAAAUCCAAGAAAAUUAACACCGAGAAUAUGUGCUGUGAAAAUUCAAGAUGGAUCAAAUAACAUCUUAGUAGAUAAUUCACAAGGUGAGAAGACACAAACUAUGUACAAGAGAAGACCUCGCCUUUUAGAUGAAGAGUUAUUGGAUGAUGACAAAGAAAUCAGUGGCACUGUUCCAAUGAACUUUGAAUCAUCACAGUCGUCAAUGGCUAUAAGUACUGCGAGCAAUAAAAGCAAAAAUCUCAACAUCAAUAUAGCAAACGAUGAUAUUUUAGUCGCCGAAAAAAACGACAUGGGAAAGCUUGACGACGCCGCAAGUAACGACAUGGUAACAAAUGUUGAUAGGAUGUCAAUCGUUGAUACGGAAUAUGUCGAUAAUAACAAAAAAGCUUUCAAAAAUCCUGAGCUAUAUUCCAAUUCAGUAUCUGAUGAUAAAAACAUUCAUGAUAACGUUGCAUUGAGACGUCAACAAUUCAACAGAGUCGCCGAGUGGGUGCAAAACAGUUCUAAUAUUCCACAUCCGAAUAGUCCCGAACAAAAAUCAAAUGACAUUGUUAUACAUGAUCAGUCUAACUCAAUUACACAAAACAAACCGCAGCAGCAGCAAUCGAGAGUGGAUGACUACCAAAAUAACAAUUCUAUAGAACAUAAAAUCCAGUACGAUCCAUUAAGCAACCAAAUUUUAAAAGAAAACAUUUCUAGGUGUGAGGGAGAAGCUCAAAAUAAUCUAAGCCAACUCAAUGUUGUGGUUUCAUCGGAAUCCCAUGUAGAGAAUAAUCCAAGUAUUAAUCAAACAGAUGAAUUAAAUGAUGGAAAACUUGAUCUUGCACAAAUGGAGUAUAAUGUGAAGAAGUUUUUAUUAAAACAAAAUGAAUGGUCGAUAACACGUUCAUUAUCGUCAGAUUCUUACACGAAAAGCAAAAUUGAAGGUAACGAAGAAAAUAUUUUUUUGAGAAUCGCAAAACAAGCUGUGGGAAUUCGUUGUAUUUCUUCAAGCAUUCAACGUUUAGGAAAAGCGGUUGAUUUAGAGACACUCCCUCCAAAAACUCGUGAAAUAAUUAAGCGUGAAACAAAUGUAACUUGUCAUAACUACGCUGCAGUUCCUGCUGUACUAUCACGUGGAAAAGGCGUGUAUCUUUGGGAUGUAGAUGGGAAAAAAUAUUUUGAUUAUCUUAGUGGCUAUUCGAGCGUUAAUCAAGGUCAUUGUCACCCUAAAAUUGUUGCGGCUUUGGUUGAACAAGCUUCAAUUCUUUACCAUACUUCAAGAGCAUUUCACAGUGAUUUGCUUGCUGAAUAUGCGGAAUUUAUUACCAAACUAUUUGGAUUCGAAACGAUGCUUCCAAUGAACACAGGCGUUGAAGCAGCUGAAAGUGCUGUAAAAUUAGCACGAAAAUGGGGAUAUGUUGUGAAAAAAAUUCCAAAUAACAAAGCAAAAAUUAUCUUUUGCGAAAAUAAUUUUUGGGGGCGUUCGAUUGCAGCUGUGUCGUCUUCAACUGAUAUAACUGCUUAUGAAAAUUACGGCCCUUUUGUACCUGGGUUUAUAAAUAUUCCAUACGAUAACAUUGAGAGACUAGAAGAGGAACUCAGGGACCCAAAUGUUGCUGCUUUUAUGGUUGAACCAAUCCAAGGUGAGGCUGGUGUUGUCAUUCCAACUGAUGGCUUUUUAAAAAAGGCAAGAGAAUUGUGCACCAAGCACAAUGUUCUUCUCAUAACCGAUGAGAUUCAGACAGGAUUAGGCAGAACUGGCAAGCGACUAGCUGUUGAUCAUGAAAACAUUCGACCAGAUGUUCUUGUUUUGGGAAAAGCUCUGUCUGGUGGCCUUUACCCAAUAUCAGCAGUAUUAGCUGAUAAGAAAGUUAUGGACGUCAUUGAACCAGGGACGCAUGGUUCAACAUAUGGAGGAAACCCAUUAGCUGCCAAAGUUGGCAUAGCGGCUCUCACUGUCAUUGAAGAAGAAAAACUCGCAGAAAAUGCUGAGAAAAUGGGUAAAAUUUUACGACAAGGUCUUGGUCAGAUGGACAAAGAUUUCAUUGAAGCUUAUCGUGGACGAGGCCUUCUCAAUGCUAUCGUAAUUAAUCGUGAAAAAAUCAGCGCUUUCGACUUUUGUUUGAAGCUAAAGGAUAAUGGACUCUUAUCAAAACCAACGCAUGAUUAUAUUCUUCGGCUCGCUCCACCACUCGUCAUAAAUGAAUCCCAAAUAAACGAGUCAUUGGACAUUAUCAACAAAACCAUUAAGGAACUCAAAUAAAAAUAAUGUUUUUGAUAGAUGAUUUGUCUGGUCGCUUUUUAGAAAUAAAUUGUGAAAAGAAAAAUUAAACGACUCUUUCUAAAA